AAUGUGAUGCAAGUGAUAAAUUAAAAUGAGGCAUGUGAAACGCCAUCUAUGUAAUACUUCAGAGCCCAGCAGAAUGAUGUGGGAACGUCCUUACUGCAGCAAUGGGAACGGAGAAGCAGUGAGAGGGGGGCGGCCGGCGCUAUUUGAGUGUGGUGCCGGCGGCCGGCGCUCCGGCGCCUCCCGUCACACGGUGCCGCCUGCCCGCGGGUGGGAGCGGACGAUCCGUCAGUGAGUGGAGCACAAGCAGCUGGGGUGAGAAAGGAGCCGGUCUGUUCGUCCUGAAGUGAAGGAACGGUGACCUGAGUGCACUGGAUAUAAAAGGCUGUGCCCUGGCCACAUCCUGCCUGUGGUGUGAGAAUCUGCUGCAGAAUGAGCUGAACCAAUAGCUCCAGCACAGCUAUAGUACUAUCAUCUAUCUAUAAAUGUGGGAAAUUGCCAAGAUUCCACCCUGUUACCUGAAGCUGUUCUGAAGGAUUCCUAGGUACAAUGGCAGAAGCAAUAUUUCAAGCACCAAAAAGAAGGAGAAGGGUGUAUGAGUGUUAUGAAGCACCUUUUCCUUUGUUAACUCAAGAAGGAACCAUUUCAAAUGAGCAAGAACAUUAUUAUGCUGAAAUGAUAAAUAACAAUGUAAUUGUGAGAAAACCAGAGAGCAUAAGAGCCCUGUAUGGAAAGGGUUAUUUUGGAAAAGGAGUGCUCUCAAGAAGCAGACCAGAUUACAAUAUUUCAGACCCUGCCUUACUUGCCAAAUGGAAAGAUGCCAAUUCUAUGCACCUGCCUAUAAUUUCAGCAACAAAGUUUCAGCAUCAUGUGGAUUGGGCUAGAAGCCUCCUGCAAGCGCAAGGGUUGGAGGAUAGUUUCAUUGAGAAAAUGCUUGAAAAUUACGUACAAUCAAUUGAUUUGUCUUGUGACAAACGAAGCAGUAAAUUCAGUGAUAGUUCACAGGAAAUAAACACCAACUCCAGGGCCCUUACAACUGAAACUGACCAUGUUGAAAAACCUGGAGAAACACAAAAUGGAGAAAAUCAUUCUGCAGUAAGCCUACAAAAUCAGGAACAUUGUUCGGAAAGUGAUGCUCCUAAUGAUCCUUUAGCAAAAUGUGGAUAUAUCGACUGUGAAGCUAUUGACAGGGAAAAUUUGGUAAAUGUGUAUUGCCCCGGACAUAAUGAUUUCAUCACACACUGUGGCUGUCAAUAUAAGGAUGUUAUGAAAGAGCCUCAGCACCAUAAUUCAAUUCAAGAUAACAAAUUUUCUACAGAACAUGAAUAUGUACUAGUGGUAGAAAAAAAUCAGCCAUGUGAUGAUCAAGCAUUGAAUAGAGAGGUGACAGAGAGGUUAGUCUGCAAGAGGAACCCUUUCAAGGUUAUUGAGUAUCUUCAGCUCAGUUUGGAAGAGGCCUUUUUCCUUGUUUAUGCCUUGGGAUGUUUAACUAUUUAUCACGAUGAGGAGCCUCUGACUAUUGUCAAAUUAUGGGAAGUAUUUAGUGCAAUUCAGCCUGGGUUUAAAACCAAUUACAUGGGCUAUCAUUACUUUCGAAGUAAAGGCUGGGUGCCAAAAACUGGAUUGAAGUAUGGAACAGACCUUUUGCUGUAUCGAAAAGGUCCUCCAUUUUAUCAUGCAAGUUAUUCAGUAGUGGUUGAAAUGGUUGAUGACAGUUGUCAGGGCUCACAACGCAGACCUUUUACAUGGAGGUCGCUCGCUGGGUUGGUUCGAACGACUACAAAUGUCUCUAAGGAGCUUCUGUUAUGCUAUUUGAUUAAGCCAUCAAAUAUGACUGAGGAAGAAAUGGCAUCGCCAGAAUGUAUGAAGAAAAUUAAAGUUCAGGAACUGAUUGUAAAUCGUUGGAUUUCUUCCCGAGAACGCACUGACCAGGAGGAGCUGUAGCAUUUUCCAUUGCAUGUAGGGAUCAAAUAAGUUUAUUUGUAACCAAGGCAAGAACAAUAGAAACCAAUAAAAUUUGAAACAGGU